UUUUCUCACUCUUUUAAAGCUGCAUCACCGAGGCGAAACGGCGACUUCAGUCGAUUACCUUUCUUUCCUUUGCUAUCCCAUGGAUAUUCACUGCAAAGCAGACCCCUUCUCAGCGAUGCACCUAUCCCACGCAGGGCACGGCGGUGUGAACCAGCUCGGUGGGGUGUUUGUGAACGGCAGACCCCUCCCGGACGUGGUGAGGCAGCGGAUCGUGGAGCUGGCCCACCAGGGCGUCCGGCCCUGCGACAUCUCCAGACAGCUACGGGUCAGUCACGGCUGUGUCAGCAAAAUCCUCGGCAGGUAUUAUGAAACCGGCAGUAUUAAACCGGGAGUCAUCGGUGGCUCCAAACCAAAGGUUGCAACCCCGAAAGUGGUGGAUAAAAUUGCAGAAUACAAGCGCCAGAAUCCGACCAUGUUCGCCUGGGAGAUAAGGGACCGGCUACUGGCCGAGGGCGUCUGCGACAACGACACGGUGCCCAGCGUUUCAUCCAUCAACAGGAUUAUCCGCACCAAAGUCCAACAGCAAUUCCACCCAUCACCCGACGGAUCUGUCACGCCGCUCUCCACGCCUGGCCAUACCAUAGUGCCCAGCACAGCGUCCCCUCCCGUGACCAGUGCCUCCAACGAUCCUGUAGGAUCCUACUCCAUCAAUGGCAUCCUGGGCAUCCCGCGCUCCAACGGCGAGAAGAGGAAACGAGACGAUGUUCUCUGGAGUGGCAACCACUUGGAUGGGAGGAAAAUAGGACAUUAUGGCUCUGAUGGCUCAGGCCCGGGCAGCGACUCUCAGGGCAGCGUGGAAAGUUUGAGAAAGCACCUGCGAGCGGACGCCUUCACCCAGCAACAGCUGGAGGCCCUGGACCGUGUGUUCGAGAGGCCUUCUUACCCCGAUGUCUUCCCCACUUCAGAACACAUCAAACCCGAACAGGCAAACGAGUACUCUCUCCCGUCCCUGAAUGCCGGCCUGGAGGAUGUGAAGCCGAGCCUUUCCACCAGCGCUAGCUCUGACCUCGCCUCCAGCGUCUCCCAGAGCUACUCUGUUGUGACAGGUCGAGACAUGGCCAGCACCACCUUACCUGGAUACCCGCCUCACGUCCCCCCAACAGGACAAGGAAGCUACCCCACCUCCACACUGGCUGGAAUGGUUCCUGGAGGAGAUUUUUCUGGAAAUCCCUACUCUCAUCCACAGUACACGACUUACAACGAAGCAUGGCGGUUCAGCAAUCCAGCAUUACUAAGUUCCCCUUAUUAUUAUAGUGCCGCAUCCCGUGGCUCCGCACCUCCCACUGCUGCCACUGCCUACGACCGCCACUAGUCACCCCGGAGACCAGCUCAAACUGCAGGGCCACAGCUUCGGCCUCCAUAUUGUCCCCGUUUGAGAAAAACGCUGAGGUCGAGGGGAGGCGAGGCGAAGUCCCAAACAAAAAACACCCCGUCGUCCUGCGUCGCGUGGAGGACGGAGGGGCGAGGGCGACGCCGGCGCGCCCAGCUUCAGCGUUAAACACACCGGGUCAA